CCGUAUGAUAAAGAUGACGGAUAUUCAUAAAAACUGGGACGUUGAACCGAAGUAACGGACAAAAUUUCCCCGUUCCACUAUUUUUUUACAAACACCGCCAAAACAGAGUCAUCUCCCGUUGUUAUGAUCUAUUUCAGACCAAAUAAUGGCGAGAUUGUUUGACUUAUGUUUGAAGGAAUUAAGGGUGUGUCUGACAACUGUAAAUAUUCCUCUGGGGACCUCUCGGCAUAUAACAACAAGCUCUGCCGCUUAUGUUGGUUCUAAACACAGAUUUUCCAAAGGAGAAGCUGCCAACAACUCCAGUUAUGGCCCACUUGUUGAUCUCCCAGACUAUACAUAUUUAGACGGCCGGCCAUCUGAACUGAGCCAACGCCAGGGAUUGCGGCGGACAAAGAGAAUUGAAUUAGCUUCCAAAGUUUCUACUUACAUUGCUGAGAUGAUGGAAGCAAAGAAGGUCCACCAAAUAAAGCUGGAACAGAAAACACAAGAAAGGGAAGAAUUAAUUAGGAGUCAACUAAAACCCAAAGUUCACGAAUAAAUAAAUUAUAUUUGUAUAACCAA